AUGCGCGAGCGCCACGUGCAACGUCUAAUGGUGUUAUGGUGAAAGUACAGUGUCAGCAUAAAGGCACAGCCCAUCAGGUUUACUUCCUGGUCCCGCCAGAAACGCUGAGGUCUGUCAAAUUCACUGCAGAAGAGCUUCUGAGGAACAUAAAAAUAAUAAUAAUCAAUCAAUAAAUCAAUAAAUAAAUAAACAGGAAGCAGAAAUCCAUGAGAUUAUGGAGGCGAGUCUGGAUUGUCUCUCUGAUGUGCAGACGUUGCACAAGGAGGUCAUGAGGAACGGUGUGCUGAAGUCCACCCAGGAAAGCUCCCUUUUAGGUGGUCAGUCAAUCAAAGAUGUGAUUUUAAACAAAUGCUACAUUCCCCUUUCGGUCAGCAUAGCCAAGACGUACGGCGUGUGUGAGACCUUGGACUUGGAAGGUGUGAUUUCGCAGGAGUUUGGAGCAGGCACUGAGGGUGGUAAGUUGCUCCUGUGUGGAGGACCAGGGAUGGGCAAGACCACGGCAGUGGAACAGCUCAUUUGGGACUGGGCCUCUGGGAUCCAUCUUCAGCGCUACAAGUUUGUCCUGCGAUUGUGUUCGAGCGUGCUGCGUGGACCUGAGCAGAGUCUGCAGAGCAUGCUUCUCAGCACACACACUCAUAUCAAUGCCGAGCAUCUUGAGAUAAUCUUGAAGAUGCCACACACAAUACUUAUAGUGUUGGACGACGUCCAGGACCUUCUAUCUAAUUCCCCAAAAUCCGGUAAGCUGGUGUGUGACCCACAUCAGCCAGCAGGGGGCACUGUGUUGGUGCACAGUUUACUAGAGGGGUCUUUGCUGCCCGGUGUGUCCUUACUGCUCACUUCCAGAGACGCUGUCAAGCUGGAAUCUGUGCGUUUUGCUCGCCUCAUGGGUUUCUCCAGCUCCCAGAGGAAAGCAUAUUUCCGACGCUUCUUCGGCAACAAAGAUAAAGGAGAGCAGAUUCUCCUUCGUUGCGAGCAAGCUGUCGGAGUCAAGGAGAUUUGUGCUUGUCCUGGAUUUUGCUGGACACUGUCCUGUGUGUGCAAAGAGCGACUGGAGCAUCAAAAUUGUGUCCCGGAGACACUGAGUGAGCUCUACUGCACGAUCACACACACACUACUGCAGGAGCAUAAGGUGAGCGUGGAGACGGCGAAGGAGCUGAUUUAUGGUUUGGGGAAACUCUCGGAGCAGUGCACAUCUGUCACCUGCACACACUCUGACAUCAUUAAAUGUGGCCUUCGACCCUUCCUGGGCUCCCAGAUCCUGUCUGCUCUCCUACACGUCAACGCUGAUGAUGCCACUUCCCCUGCUGCUACAUUCUCCUUCGUGUCUCCGACAUUCAAAGACUUCUUAACGGCGGCCUCCUUUUACCUUGACUACGAUGAUGGCAGGAUCCUAGAAAGUCCCAUGGAAAUACACAACUACCAUUAUUUUCUUGCUGGGCUUUCAGACCCUAUGCAGAGGAAGCUUCUGGAAACCUCCGUAGGCCUCUUCAGCAGUGGCCGUCUCUCCGAGUUCCACCGCUGGCUCAUGAGUACGGUUGCAGAGGUGCUGCCGGGCAUGGGCGACAUAAAUCACUGGCAUGUUUUGCGUAUCCUCUACCACACGUUCAGCCCCACGCUGGUCAGAGAGAGCGUGGGGUCGUGCAAGUGGAGGAUGAUCGGCUACGGUGGCAUGCAAGAAGCAGACUGUGCAGCGCUGGCGUUUGUAGCGCGAUGCUUAGGAGAACUGCAGCUACUGAACCUGUGCAGGAGCUCACUGACAGAGGAGAAGGCGGAGAAGCUCAUGACUGUCUUCCGCUUGGCCAAAACCAUCAACUUGCAUCAAAGUACAGUGAGUGUGGGUGCGAUCAGACAUUUCGCUCGGGCGCUGAAGGACGGACGAGCCACCGAAGUCAACCUGACGCACUGCAGACUGGGAGACGAAACAGUAAAGAUCCUGUGUUCCUCCAUCACACACUCCAACCUGCACACACUCAACUUGUGGGACUGCUGCCUGACGCCGGCUUGUAGUGAGACACUCGCUGAGAUGUUGACUAGUUCUAAGCUGUGUGUGUUGGAACUGGGAGCUAACAACCUGACCGAUGAGGGACUCUUUCGGCUCAUCGGUGCACUCGGGACGUCCACGUGCACGCUGCAGAAUCUUGGUUUGGAUCUCUGUCCUUUGACUGGAUCGUGCUUAGCUGCGUUGUCAUCGGCCCUGACAUCUUCUCUCUCUGAGCUGAGGAAUCUGGUCCUGAGAAGGAACAGCCUGGCUGGUGACACCCUGGAACAUCUCUCAGAAGCGCUACAAAGUGGCCGCUGCAAACUCAAUACACUGAGUUUAUAUGAUUGUGAGCUGACCGGUUCCUGCUGCCCGUCCCUAGCAGCCGCACUUCAAUCAGAACACUGCUGUCUGACCGAGCUGGACCUGUCCGUCAACGACCUCGACGAAUCAAACGUGCUCCUCAUCUGCCAUGCCCUGAAAUCCCCCAAGUGUUCACUGGAGAAGUUACGUAUGAAUGCAUGUGAGCUGACCGAGUCGGUGUUCAGCGCACUGGGCAGUGUGUUGGUGUGUGAAGCUUCCAGGUUGAAGGAACUUGCCAUCGGAGUAAACAAAGUAGGGGACGUUGCAGCCAAACACAUCUUGAGGGCCCUGAAACACCCUCACUGCCAGCUACAGCAUCUUGAUCUUGAGAUGGUGGAUCUGACGGACGCCUGUGUCGACGAGCUGUGCCAAGCCGUCAUGGCUUGUAGCUCCUUAACGAGCCUGAUCGUGAAGAACAACAACCUCACCGACAUUUCCGUUCCCCGAUUGGUCGGGCUCGUUCGAGAACGUCCAGUCUUGGAACUGAAUGUGCAGUAUAAUGACUUCAGCGAGGACGUUUUCGAGCUGAUGGACGUCUACGAAACGAUACGAUAUUAACGCAGCACGAGCUUUCACGCAGCCAGAACGAGCUUAUAAAAUGAGUAAAGCGUUCGAAUAACGCCUCAUUUACUGCCAAUUCCGCAAUAACGCACUCCGCGCGGUUUCAUGAGCAGAGGCAAGUUUAUUGAUUUUGGCAUGAACACAAGUCAGGGCUGUUUGUAUGAUGUGAAAAAAUAAGUGGAUUUACAAACUAAAGACAGUAUUUUCCGUGUGUUACGUUGAAUUGUACAUCAUUGCAUCAUUUAUUCACAUAACAGUUACUUAUUAACUACCAAAGUGAGUUAGUGUAUUAGCGGGCUAUAAUGUCUUUUUAUUAUUCUUUUUUUAAUAAUUUUUUUUAGCGAUCCUAUGCUGCCUACUUUACCUUGUCUUUCUGUGCUUUAUAAAAUAUAACCAUUAAAAUUAUUGGUACCCCUAA